AUGCCAGGAGCUGUCCCACUACGGGGUCCUCUCCUCCAUCUACUGGCAAUCUGUUCGAUACCGCAUUGUGGAAUCUACAUCACACUAAAGAUUAUAACGGUCAUCAUUGUCAAGUCAGCUACCGAAUUCGUAGCAAAGAGUGGGUUCGAGGCUCUCCAGUAUGGCUGGGACGACAAGAUUUCCAAUGCUGCGCACACAAGCGGUCAUGCUGCAUUUGCCCAAGCCUCAGAGGAUAUCCGUUGA